AUGUCUGAUUCCGAUGCUACUCAGAACCUACAGAAAAGGCCAAAGGUACAUCGCUCAGCACGGCCAUUCGUGACUGGGCUUUCUAUUGCCGAUGAUGGUAGUACAGCUAUGAAGGCUAGCACCGAUUCCCGUCUCCUUCUCUUGCAGCGCCUUGUUCGGGAGACUUUGGACAACCCCGACCUCACUGGUGCUGACUCGGAGGUGAUGGAAGCACUCUCAAGUCUAGAUGAAAAACUUCGUCAGACAACGAAUCCAUUCCCCAAUAAAGGUUCCACUAGGACUCGGCAGGCUCCAGGAGGUCGUCACUUCGAACACGAUCUAACAGGAAUCGAUGGAUUAUCUACACCUGCGCUACCCUCAGUCAUGGAUGACAAGUUGAGAGCCGCUGUGUUUACCCAUCCAGCCUUGAGCAACAAUAACAACACCACCUAUGACCGGCUUGAGAUUCUUGGCGAUGCAUACAUUGAGCUGAUUGCAACAAAAUUUGUUUGGGAGAGGUUUCCCGGCUUACCAUCUGGUCGAAUAUCACAAAUUCGGGAGGUACUUGUCAAGAAUGAGACCCUUUCGGGAUUUGCGGAGACUUUUGGUUUCGAUCGCAAGGUUGCGGUGCCUUCAAAUUACAACAACCCAUCGAAGAGAUGGACAAAGACCAAAGGCGACGUGUUCGAGGCUUACGUUGCUGCAGUCAUACUAUCGGAUCCGGUUAAUGGAUAUCAAGUAGCUGAACAUUGGCUGACCAGUUUAUGGAUGCCGAUUCUCAAAAACCUGGGUCCCCAGAAAGGCGGCUUGCGCUCUAAGGAGGCUCUCGCUAAAAAGAUAAUGGGUAAAAACAUCAAACUUGAAUAUCUCGAGGAACGUCCGUCCGUCCAGCUAAAAGGUGGCACCCAGACCUUCUUCAUCGGUUUAUACCUCACUGGGUGGGGAUGGGAGAAAAGACAUUUGAGCUCUGGUCAAGGCUUGAGUAAGGCGGCUGCGGGUGAUGAGGCUGCGGAGAAUGCUUUGCUGAACAUCUCUUUAAUUUCGGAGAUAGUCUCGGCGAAAGAAUCUCAAGAAUCGAAGAUGUGA